AUGCACACUCUCCGCGCAACGCCCACUCGCGUUUCUCCAACUCGUUCCUUCAUUCCUCCCAACCUGGACACGUGCGAUCUCGUCCUGGUCCAGCAUGACGCAGUCCGUCGACCAUUGCAACCGCCAUAUGGCGAGCCUUACGAAGUCCUUCGACGGUCUGACGAGCAUUUUGUCAUCGAGCGCAACGGAAAGACGGACACCGUCAGCAUUGAUCGUGCCAAACCUGCAUCCCUCGACGACUGCCAAUCGAACUUACCCCAACCGUCUUCUCCGUCACAGGCGUUGACGCCCACGCCGUCGUCUGACGCCAUUCCCUCACCGAUGCGCCGAACCCGAUCCGGUCGUCAUGUCCGCUGGCCCGACAGAUUCGUGGCUGGCUAG